AGCAGGCAGUCGGAGGUGUGGGAACAGGACGGAGCGGCGACAGAGGAGACGCUCUCUCACUCACACACACGUGGAGGAACAAACGGAGCUCCACUCUCUGAGCGGAAAUAUUGAAAUAAACCCGAAGUCAUAACGAGGGGAGGAAGGGGUGGUGGUUGGCGGGGUGGGGAGGCACAACAAUGCUCCUGGGAGAGCCAAAUAGGUGACCGCUACAAGUACUGGGAAAGAAGCGCUUUCUGUUGUCUCCUGUCAGUGAUUAAGAAAAUAAAAGCAGCCCAGGGACUGCAGGGUCAUGGAAAACCCCUGCAGGAGGACGCAGGCGGGGAGCUGGAAACUGCUGAGGAACUCGCUGCUGCUUUCUUUACUCACCGGUGGCAGCAAAGCCCAGUGUGAAGGCUGUAUAGAGUAUUGCUGCGAUGGAUCUCCGCCUUUCUGCUGCUCCUACUACGCCUACGUUGGUGACGUCCUCUCAGGCACUGCCAUCUCUGGUAUCGUUUUCGGCGUGGUGUUCCUGAUGGGGGCGGUGGCGGCCUUGUUCCUGUGCGUGUGUAUGUGCAUGAAGAACGGGCGGGGCGCUCGGGUCGGCGUGUUCAGCACCUCCUACAUCAACACUGUGACCCAGGGCUACCCAGGUCCUCCGCCUCCAUACACCUACGACUACGAGAUGUACCCUCCCUCGGUGCACCCCCCGCCUUACACUCCUACUCAGCCUCGGCCGGCCAACUACUCGCCCCCUCCUCCUUACCCCGGCUGCACCCGCAAGUGAAUCCCCGCCUUCUAAAGCUGUUGCUAACGGGGUUAAAGACAGUUUAAGGAACAGAAAUCACCAUAUUUAAUGAAAAGAAUAAGGGUGGCCCAGUGCAAUAUAAUUCAGCAGGCCCAAACUCCCAGACAAUGCAAUGUCACUCCUGCUGCUUGGACCAAAUGGAGGGGGAAAUAAAUAACACCUUUAACACAAUGCAGGUCAUAAGUACACUCCCCCAUUCUGAGAGACUUAACCGUUAGCAGGCCUGCUAUAGCCUACGGCUGGUACUAAUAACCAAUAUCCUUAUCCGUCCCCGGCUGUGCACAUCAAAGGCACCGUGCCGCUUUGAUGAAGGUGAAGACCACUUUUUUGUCAGCGUGGCGGGGAACCUCACAUCACUGGAGGAGAGAAGGCUUUCCAGGACACAAUGUAGACUUCUAUUGGAAUUUACCCACUUUUUUUUUUUUUUGUUAAAACUUCAAAAUUUCACUGACUGAGGCGGAAUUUGAUGAUUUAUUUUUUUUUUUAAAAGCUGAUUUCAGGUUUGGACUGAUCGUGUGUAGAAUGCAAUGUAGAAACAAAGCCUUGAAUAUAAUGCAUUAUAACUCUGACCUUUUUAAUGGGAUGGACAACUUGAAAAGGACCGGGUCGUUGGUGAUGAACUGGUUUUUAUUGCCUUACUUGAAACAAUGUGAGGGUGAAAGCUGAACUGAGGGGGGGGGGUCAGGUCAUGUUCAGCUGAACCAAAGCAGGCUCUCUCUUUGAAAUGGAAAAUGUGUUUGAAAAUGUGUGAUGCAUUCACGGUUUAUCGGUUAAUUAUUGUAAUUAAAGUGAACUGACCUCACUGUGCUAUGACUGAUUCCUGUGAUGGAUGACUGUGAAACGAUGGAAGGGGUUGAACUGGGUUUUUUUUUUUUUUUUUGUUUUUUGAAUAAUGUGACAGGUAAAUGAUUUUGAAGUGUUUCCUGUCUGUUUCAGUGGCUGUUUGUAAAUUAAAGAUGUGAUUAAAACGUAACGUUUUUUAAAGUGUGAACAA